AUAUAGAGUGAUUCCCCAAAUAUUCGUUUGAAGUUCCAACAAUUUGAGAUAUAGGUGGUUUAUAAUUUAGGCUACUAUAUACGAUCCCAAUUGGCCAAGAGAAAAACAAAAAUCAAUUCCACCAUCUUGGAAUAUUUUGCUGGGAUAUUACGAUAACUAUAGUAACUGUAACGGUUAUUCCCCAAUCACUGUAUAUACUAAACCUACAAUAAGCAGUUGUAUUUUAAUAUUGAAAAGACGUCGAUCAGGUACAAGGAAAUACAUGAGCAAUAUUUAGUGAAUGCAAACGGAUUUAUAUCUCUUGAUCGGAUUUAACAACAAACAUAGAGAAAACAUGUCAAUGAAAAACUGCCUGAACGAGAAUGUGCCAAAGUUGGUCAAGAAGCUGACCCGAACCAAAACGCUCGAUAGUGACGCAAUGGACACACCAUUAAAACGAUCUCUUGGAACAUUGGAUAUCUCUCUAAUUGGCAUUGGGUCAAUGGUCGGGUCGGGUAUAUUUGUCAUGUCGGGGACCGUGGUAAAAAAUAUUGCUGGACCUGCUGCUGUGGUGUCUUUCCUCAUAGCCGGUCUUGCUGCUGUUCUGGCAGCCUUCUGUUAUGCUGAAUUUGCCUCUCGUGUCUCCAAGACUGGCAGUGCAUACACGUAUACCUAUAUUAUCAUAGGAGAGCUCAUGGCCUUCAUUAUAGGUUGGGAUGUACUAUUAGAACUUACCAUAUCAUUGGCUGCCCUGGGUAGGGCAUUCAGUGGAACACUUGAUUCAUUAUUUGCUGAUGCAAUAAAGAACGGGACGCAGAAUGCAAUUGGAAAGAUGCAACUUGACUGGCUAAGUUACACCCCCGAUUUUGUAGCAGCUCUUGUCGUUUUGAUUAUAACGGCUGUUGUUGCAUUGGGAACCAGUAUUUCCACCAAAUAUAAUAAGAUAUUUUGUUCAGUGAAUAUACUAUGCUUAAUCGCUAUAUUUGGCGUUGCUUUCUAUUUUGCUGAUUUCGACAACUGGGAGAAUAAGGAACAUGGUGGGUUUUUGCCGUACGGUGUGUCUGGUGUCAUAUCAGGCGCAUCUGUAUUCUUUUACUCAUAUGUUGGUUUUGAGCAAUUGGCAUCGGCCGCAGAGGAGGCUAUAGACCCUGCCAAGUCCAUGCCUAGAGCAUGUUGUAUUGCAGUAGCAACAGCUAUAACACUCUACUGUGUAGGAGGAUCUGCUUUGACGUUAAUGUUGCCUUUUUACGAAGUGGACCCAUCAAGAGCAUUUUCAAGUGCUUUUGAUACAAAAGGACUUCCAUGGCUAGAAAAAGUUAUUGCAGUAGUAAUAUUGAUGUUCAUAAGUGUAACGUUACUCAAUUCUUGCUAUGGUUUAUCACGCAACGUGUAUGCUAUGGCCUCCGACGGACUUCUGUUUAAAUUUCUUGCCAAGGUUAACCAUAGAACGCAGACUCCUAUUUUUGCUAUUGCUGUGUUUGGUAUUUUAUCGUCUGUAUUGGCCCUUCUAUUUGAUAUACAGUCGUUGGCAGAGCUGGUGUCAAUUGGGAGCUUACAAGCAUACAUUUUUGUCGCAAUAAGCAUAAUAAUCAUUCGGUAUCAACCAAUGAAUAAAUGUCAAUUUGAAUUAAAACAAGAAGACAAAAGCAUAGACGGCGAAUCCAAACAAAUAUCUGCACUCGAAUCAACACAAUUACUAAGACUCAAGAAACUAGAGGACAGAGGUAAUAUUGGUCAACUGAAAGAACGUUGGAAAGGAUUGUACAUUUUAAAAAACACGGAGCCUGGCAAGGCUGUAUUGUGUUCAACCAUUCUAAUGAGUGUCUCCAUGUUGAGCGUCAGUGCAUUGGUUUUACUAGGAACUGAGUAUCUUAGAACAGUACAAUGGUGGGCUGUGAUGCUAUUGGUGAUAUUUACGACCCUUAUUGUCGUCUGCUACUUGAUUAUCAUAGUCCAUGAACAAAACACCAGGUUUCUCACAUAUCAGAUGCCAUUGGUCCCCUUUAUUCCAGCAUGUAGUAUACUUAUCAACUGUUGCCUGGUUGUAAAGCUAAGGCCAUCAACUUGGAUUCGUUAUUGUAUAUCUUUAGCAAUAGGACUUAUUAUAUAUUUUACCUAUGGUAUACGCCAGAGCAAUGAAAAUAGAGCUUUGUCUACAGACAGUCAAAUGGUGUCUUACUCUGAACUGUCGAAUGAGGCUAACGAGUCGAUGAACUCUCAGGACACUAAACCAGAAUCGCACACGAGGAUUGAGUGAUAUGGACAGUCCACAUUAUUACGACAAGCAUAUGAUAUUGAAAUUAUAUCAUUGAACAUGGGGCAAGGGUCGUAUCUUAGAUGCAUCUCAGACGUCCAUGGUGGUUUAUCCAUAUAAAAGAAAUCAUAAAAUCAAAAACCGAACAAAACAUUUCAAAUUUAAAUGACACGCAAGUAAACUUCUAAGACUUGGAGAUGGG